UGGGAGGCAAUGCUCGACGUCUCGCAUAACAUCAUGGCUCCUAUCCUCGUGGGCCCGGAGCUGGGGUUCUCGAAGGAAUACGUCGCCCACGCCCGAGGAUACACCCAGACAAUCCCCGUCUGGGUGGCGCUCAAGUUCCUGCUGCCCUCCUCUCUGUAUUCGGCGUCGUCGUACGUGCUGCCCCCUGGCCGAGCUGUGCGCCAUCAUCUGGCCGAGACGCGCCGGCUGGUGCUGCCGGAGAUCCGCAAGUUACUCGCAGACCAGGGAGACGAUGCUGCCGUGGAGUCCCGAUCCGUUCUCGCCGGGCUGGUGAAGCUGUCGGCGCCGGAUGCACAGGACGACGAAGCCCUGGCGGAGAUCGUCAACCAGCUGCUCUUUGUGCUGUUCGCCGGGGCGGAUCUCUUCGCCGUCGUGCUCUCCCAGUUGCUGCUCAAUAUCCUGGGCCAUCCGCAGUACGAAGCCGAGCUGCGCGAGGAAUUGGCUGCUGCGGGCGACAACUGGACUCGGAGGAGUGCUCACCAGUUGCCCAAGCUCGACAGUUUCCUCCGGGAGACACUCCGAUUGAGUCCGCCUAUCAUCUGUACGAUCCAGCGCAAAGCGAUGGAACCUAUUGUCCUCUCCGACGGGACGGUCCUCCAGCCCGGCGACAACGUCAUGGUGCCCACGCGUGGCAUCCUGCAGGAUCCAGAGAUCUAUCCUGAUCCUGACCGGUUCGAUCCCUAUCGGUUCCUGCAAAGCCAGCACCAGACAGUCACGCAGACCCUGGAUUACACAGUGUUCGGCUACGGCAAUCAAACGUGUCCCGGCCGUUUCUUCGGCGUGAUGGCGGCCAAGAUGGUCUUUGCCCGGCUGGUGAUGGAUUACGAGAUGAAAUUCGUGCCCGAGCGAAAGGGGAAGCCUGUGGACUGGCCGCGGGGGAUGAAUCUGAUGCCUAAUACAGAUUCGUUUGUGGCUUUUCGCCGGCGGAGCUGUUCAUUGUAUACAUAAAUGUCUCUUUCAUAUAGGUAACAAUUCAAGGUUGGUUGGUUAUGAAUAUCAACACCCAGUCCAAGGCAGUGGCAGUGGCAGUGGCAGUCGAGAUGCAUCAAGUAAGUCAUAAUCCAGUCCAGCCUCAUCCACUCCGUCUCCCCGCCCAAACAGCGGCGCAAAGACCCAGUCGUGCGAGAACCAGAGGGCGGCCACGACAAAGCGCAUGAGGACAGCCACCCAG